CAACACAGAAACGUCAUAUUUCAUUCAAACACUAUGGAACUAGAGGACACAGACAUGGCAAAUUAUUUAGAUGAUAUGAUAGAUCUGCUGCAAGAUGAUAAAGAAAUCAAAGAUACACAGGAAUCUAAAGAGGCGGUCAAAAAACUGCUUGAGCUUAAACAUGAACAGUUUAUAAUAACAAGUACAGAUGAAAUGGACGUCCGUCGUAUUGCAAUGUCUGCAAUCGAAGAGAAGGAAAAGAAUCUUGAACAGAAAAUAGUUGACGCAAAAACUGAAAUUGCAAUUAAAACUGAUGAAAGUGAAAAACAGAUAAAGGUGAAGGGUUCAUCUAUUAAAGAUGAACUCGAGAAGAGGGAGACAGAAAUCAAGGAAGCGAUGAGGAUAAGUGAAAUUGAAACUACAAAGAAUAUGGAUCAAAAAGAGAUAGAAAUCAAAGAAAAUUUGGAACUGGCAGAAUUUAUCUCGAAAGAGAGACUUAUGCAGAAAGAGAUAAAUAUUAAACAGAAUUUGAGAGUGGUAGAAUUGGAGUCAAAAGGGAGACUAGAUCAGAAAGGAAUAGAAAUUGAAAAACAUUUAGAGCGUAAAAGAAAAGAUAUACUUAAUCAGCUAGAAAGAAAACAAUCAGCUCAGAUUCAGAUCGAGACCAGGCGUAGUGACGAUAUUAAGGCAACAGCAGACGAUAUAAUGAAGUCCGGUCUUCGUGACAUGCCUCCAGAGUCUAAUUAUGAAAGACUGAAAACAGGUUAGUUUUACAACUAUAACAUUUAACCUUUACCCUGCUUAAUUUCUAAGAUGGAUUGAUCCAUCAUUUAAU